AUGGCCCAACCCGCUCACGACGUCGUGGGCGCGUUCGCGCAGGCGCUGCAGCACCGCUACUUGAGCUCCGCCAGCUCACCGAACCUUCGCGCGUUUGAGGUGACAUCGGCAGCCUUCCUCGAUGCGCUCUUCGCCUCGUGCGGCGACGACCUUGGGCGGCUCCGGGACACGCUGCAAUGCGUCUUGCUGGCGCAGACGCUUCCGCCGGCUCUGGCGGCGCAGGUCAAGACGUGGCAAGCGAAUGAGCUUCAAUUGGACUACGCUAGCCUCAAGCGACGCGUCGUGGCAGCUAUGGCCGAUGCGCCCACGCCAGUCCGCAAGCGCCGACGCGCGGCCACCGACGCAUGGACCUUGGACGACUCUGCGCGCCGACCGCGACGCUUCCGAGACAGCGACUGCGCGAUCUGCAGUACGUGCAUGCACCCAACGUAUGCAUGCCCAAAGCUCGACCCGCAAAUCCACGCGCUCGAGACGUACGGCUGCUCGUACUGCUCGACGUACUGCCACACACUCGAACGCUGCGCGAUCUUGCGUGCGGAUCUUGGUGCCGGCUCCGUUCGCGCCGGAGCUAUCAUUCCUGCGUGGCUUCUGUGUGGCUACUGCCGCCUCUUUGAGGUCCUCGACUGCCACGACGCUGCGUACUGCAGCCGCCUUGCCCACGAUCGGCGGUCGGGCGCGGUGCAUGGCAGCUACAAGGCGAGACCGACCGGCGAGUUGGUACCAUCACCACCGGCGGCAGCACCUCAAGCUAUCACACCUGUACGUGCGUCGGCGCCUCGCAAGGCUGUUCAGCAGGCGGCCCGUCCUCGUCUACCACGCGCCACCCUCGGGUGCUUGUACUGUACAUCGACCAAGCACACCACGCGCAACUGCGGCGACCUGCGCCGGGACGUACGCUACGACCGCGUUCGGUCGUCGUUCGAAUUGCCACCCGAUCUCGCUUGCGCCUACUGCAAAGCCCGCGGCGAUGUAAAGCUCCACCGUACGAUGCGCUGCCGCCAAUUGGAGCUCGACCUGCAGCAUGGUGACGUCCGGCUAGCGUUCGAAUCGUUGCGGCCGACGUCGUCGGGGCCACCGCGGGCAACAGCCGCCGAAUUUGAAGCUGCGCUGGAGAAGCUACGGCGGGCCCGGAAGGCCGCUGCGUAG